AUGCCGCCACCUUCAAGCGACAGAAACCCUCUGGAAACUGCAUUUGAUCACAUUAUUCAACAACUGGAAUGGGAUUACGAUACACUACGCUUCCCCGACCAACAGUAUCAGCAGCAACAACGCACUCAAAACAAUAUUCAACAAAUAUUGACAAACCCAUCAACCGUUCCGACCCCAUUAACUUCAGAUAGUCCGUCACCAGAAGUUUCUCCGUACCUGUCUAGCAAUCAAAGCAUCACCACUGUUCCGCUUACUACCACAAGAAGAUUAGACUUUAAUAUGCCUCUAAACCCUGAUUUACCAACAGAAACAAUUUCCUCUACUCCAUCCUCUACCAUUGCUCGUCCACAGCAAAUCCAUGUUAUUCGACCUCCUCCAAGUAAUUUUGAUCACCAAGCAAGAAUAGGAAUUUUUCCGCCACAAGAAUAUCCUCUUUCAACCUAUGCGCAAACCCCAUCCAGCCUCAUUGUUAGUGCCUUUGAUGCAAGCAGACGCCAACAAGAUAAUGCGAUUGAGCGACAAGCCACAUUGCUUUCUCAGCUUAGCCUGGAAAGCCAACAACCACAGCCUCUUCAGCGAACAUAUCCUUCUUCAUAUCCUCCUGCCCCUAGAAAUUCAGAACCCUUUGAAUACCAAGGCUCAUCUGACAUAUUGGAGCCUGCAAGCAUGAGCAAUAUUAAUUUUACAGCAACCACCACUGGAUCAUUGGUAUCACUCAACCAAGAGCAACAAAGAGUUUCAGAUAUCUCCAACGUUAGUCAGACUACUACCACACCACGAACCGAGAUCCGACAAAAUUUAGGUAGCAGUUCUUUAACAUCACAACUUAAUGUAAGAACAACAACAACAACAACAACAAGCACCAGUGUUCAAACCGCUAUGACAAAUGAGUUUGGCGAAGAGUAUCUAGGAGAGCCUGACAUAGGUACUUCUGCACUUUUAGGCGAACCAUAUUCUUAUACAUCAAACCCUUUUUCGAACCAAGAUGAUUUGCAGGGGAGUUUUGAUGAGCGGCGGCAGCAGUAUGACAAUAGUGCGACAAGUGAUGUUGUUUCUGGUGUUUCUGGUAUUUCUGAGCUGCUCACAGAAGGAUCACAUCUCAGAAAUCCAGAAAUAGCAAAUGCUGCAAUUCUAGAGCCUCAGCUGGGUCGUGGUAAAAACGACGACAAUGUUAUUGAUGCUGAUGAUGAAUGGAUGGACCGUUUUGCUAGUCUUUUAUCUGAAUUUAGUCCGAUGGUUGUGCGCAAAACCAGACUUAGAACUAGUAGUUUUGGUGAUUGUGGUCAUUUACAGUCACCGUUGAAAAAAAAUUCAAUACAACUUGGGGAGAAAGCCCGCGCGGCAGUUGAUUUAGGAGAAGGUAGUGAGUGGGACAUUAAAAACGGCCAGCGGUAUUCUCGACUACGGAAAAUUACCAGCCUCGGAAUAAUUCAGUGGAGUUUCCAAGAAAACGACGAAAGCGGGGAUGAUGAUGAUGAUGAUGAUGAUGAUGAUGAAGGUCAAGGUGAUGAUGAAGAAGAGGGAACCGAAGAGGAGGAGGGAAGUUUUGGGAACCGAGGUGGUAGAAGCAGCGAGGGCAGCGAUAGCGAUGAGUUUAGUGGUAGCGAAAAUGACAAUAAUGCUUAUGAUUAUUACAAUGGCGAGGGUAGCAGCAAUAAUAUUUACCUUGAGUACGAUUACGAAGAUGACUAUGACGAUGAUGAUAAUUUGGAAGGGAAUUUAAGAUAUUUGUCUGAGAUUAGGUCUGAUCAACCACCACAAGAGCAGCAGCAGCAGCAGCAGCAAAGACAGAGGCAGAGACAGCGACAAAGACAGCGACAGCGACAAAGACAGCGACGAGAACCAUCAACAUUUUGGCAACGGCUACAUUUGCAACGGACUCGGAACGAAAUAUUACGGCGGCGGCGGCCGUCGCGACGGCACCGGUGUCAGCGGAAUGAAGGGAUUUUAUGUGCUAAUGAAGAAACACUUUUACGUUUGCAGAGGUACCGAGUUGGCAAAGAAGGGCCAGGGUGGGGUGUGUAUGGAAGUGAGGAGCCCGAAGAGGAAGUUCCGCGAGACAGUUUUUGGUUACGGCCUGGGAACGAGUUUUUGCAGGAAGCCGAGGGAUGCGCCAAAGUCCUCGGCCUAGUAGGUUAUGAUGGUAGGUGUAACUGUUGCAGAUGCUGUAGUAGUAGUGAAGCAGCAGGCAGCAGCAAUGGUGGCAGUAAAGUCAACGGGGCGACCACAUCAACCUCAACAACCUCAACAACAACCUCAACAACAACCUCAACAACAACUACAACUACAACUACAACUACAACAGCUAGUGUGGCUGCGUAUUUAAAAAUUGUGGGGUACGCAGGGACCAACAAGUUAUACGGCUUGAUUGAUAAUGAACUUUGGAUUGGAGAGUACGUUAAGGCUACAAAUGCAAAACGACUUGGACUUGGGGGUCGAGUUUGGGUUCUUUGGAAGCCAGUUGAAAACAAGAGCGAACGGUAUAACCAUGACAUUGAGGACAAUGAUGAUGGCCGUGAUGAGUAUGACUAUUAUUCUUAUUACUACAAUAACAUCAACCAUGACCAACUCUUUGAUUUGGAUAAGGGGACAGUUAUUGUUCGAGAUGACGAGAGCUGGGAUCAGCAGCGGCUUCACAUUGCUCGAAUUCUGAUGCAAGAUCACUGGAAAGCUCACAAUUUGGUUUUGCAUUUCCAAUGGCGGCGGCGGCAACAGAGUUUGUCUGGACUUGAGCAGCAGCGGCAGCGGCAGCGGCAGCGGCAGCAACAACAACAGCAGCAACAGCAGCAACAGCAACAGCAACAGCAACAGCAACAGCAACAGCAACAGCAACAGCAACAGCAACAGCAACAGCAACAGCAACAGCAACAGCAACAGCAACAGCAACAGCAACAGCAGUCAAGCAACGAAGGCUACACUAUGUCACGGUCUACACCGACACAUUUGCGUCUGUCAUUAGUUCAACUUCAGCAACAACAGCAAAAUCAUCAUACGCUGAUCUGGUUAAUUUUUAGGCGGCUAGCAUAUAUUGGGGGGCAAUUGGAUGAGGGUUUGCCCAAUAGCAGAGAAGAAUCUUCAGAUGAAAUCAAUGUUUUAAAUUUGUUUUCACGCCAGCAAAGUUUUGAGCCUCAGCAGUUACUUGAACAACACAUGGAGUUAUUUUUUAUUCCACAUGUAAUUCACCGAGUGAGUGAGUUAUUGCAAGAAUUGAGAUUAGAAUUUGGUCCUUUGUUUUUUAGAUUUCGGGACGCCAUACAUCAGCAACAGGAGAUUCCACCAGAGAUUGUUGCAACAUUGAGUAGAAUGCGUCGCAAAGUAGACUUAUUGGCACAAGUUUUGUUUAUGAUUGAUCAUGAGGUGUGCUACGGGGCAAGUGAAGCCAGGGAUGCAUCUCCGAUUAGUGAGGACGCAAUGCAAUUGCUACGCCGAGAGACAUUAGGUGCUGUGCGGGAGUUGUCAGAGACCCAAUCUGGGGAGCCAGAUGAUGAUGAUAAUGAUAAUGAUGAUUAUGAGGGUGUGAGAAGGAAUGGGCGAGUUUUUUUGAUGAGAAGAGCGUUUGACAUGUUGCGAGACUUUCUUUUGAAUCAAGAUGAAGCGGAACAAAACAGGGCUCAGCGUGAUGAGGAUGAAAGUGGGGAAGAUGAUGAUGUUUGGAGGAGGUCUUUAUCAGGUGCACAUUCUGGGCUAAUUCCAUUGGUUAUGUAUGAGAUUGAUGAGCAGAUUCGAUACCCAGCUCUUGACAGUUUGGCAAAUGCUGCUACUACUACCACUACUAGUACCAAUACUACUUCUACGACAAGUAUAGCACCGGUAUCAUCAGCUUCUUCUACUGUUCCAGCAGAAACAACAAUCAACUUUUCUUCUUUUUAUUCCUUUUCUUCGCCUGUACCGGUUCCUUUUUAUUUUUAUCCAACACAUUCUUCCUCGUCAGUGCCUAAUUUUUCUCCCAGCACAUCUUCUGGUCGAGUAAAUAUAGGUUCAGUUUUGACUGAAUCAGGACGUUUUCCCACUAGUGUUGGGAUUACCAAUGGUGGCAGCAUUACUGGCGGUAGCAGCAGCAGUAGUAGUAGUAACAGUAGCAUUAACAGUUACAGCUACAGUAACAGUAACAGUAACAGCAGAAUAGCUUCAGGAAUACAGCAGCAGCAGCAGCAGCCAGUUUCUUUGGCAGAUUUUUUACAACAUUAUCAGCAGCGGUAUUUUCCUCCAUCACAGAGAUCUGUUUCUUCAUCGUCGUCGUCGACCAUUUCCCAGUCUUUAUUUCCUGGGCAGGUGAGGAAUCGGCAACAGUUGACACCAAUUGGGGAGAAUGAUCCAGCAUUGCCAUUAUUAACAUCUCCGUGGACUGUAGAAGGAUCUCGGCCGAUAUCUCCUGGGACUCCAUUACAAUUGCGUAUGGAUAGUCUUACAAGAGGGUCUGAUUUAACAGAUUGGCCAUAUCCAUCUCCACCAUCUCCACCACAGCCUCAACUUAGAAUGCCACCUCGAGCCGCACGCCAGCCAACAAGUGACACUCAGUUUGCACAUGGAGCCAGUAGGAGGGUUCUAACAGGCACAUCAGAACGGGAUGGGCAGACUGUAGUGUUUGAGAGUUUAUUUAGUGGUUCUGAGACGCCUAAGUAUGGAGUUGAUGGUCAAGUUGUUUGGGCUCCGUGGGUUUCACAGGCUCUCAGAAGAGGUCGUCGUCAAGGACGUCGAUUUGGGGUGUAUGAAUCUAGUGAGAGUGAUGACUAUGAUGAGGAAAAUGAAUACAGUGAAGAGGAUGAUGAUGAUGAAGAUGAUGAUGAUGAAUAUGAUGAUUAUGAUGAUUAUGGUGAUGAUUAUGAUGAUUAUGGUGAUGAUAAUGAUGAUGAUGAUUAUGAUGAUUAUGAGGGUGACUAUUGGAAGAUUUCUGGGCCCCGGAUCACUGUUGGGGUAGUUCGUGGUGUUGUUAAGAACCCGGGGCUGGUUCCGAGUUAUGAAGUACGCUAA